AUGGCUUCCAGGAUCCCGCUCCUGUGCCUCCUUGGCUUGCUGCUGCUAGUAGCUUCGCCCGCAAUUGCUGCUGAUGACUCCGGUAUCUACUACCAGCUUGCUCUUCUGUGGCCCGGAGCAUACUGCGAGCAGACCAGCGCUGGAUGCUGCAAGCCGACGACCGGCGUCUCGCCGGCGCGCGACUUCUACAUAACGGGCCUCACCGUCUACAACGCGACCACCGACGCUGCAGUCACGGAAUGCAGCAAUCAAGCUCCUUACAACCCUAACCUGAUUACCGGCAUCGGCCUGGAGCAGUACUGGAGCAACAUCAAGUGCCCCAGCAACAACGGCCAGAGCAGCUGGAAGAACGCCUGGAAGAAGGCCGGCGCCUGCUCCGGCCUCGACGAGAAAGCCUACUUCGAGAAGGCCCUCUCCUUCCGUAGCCGGAUCAACCCCUUGUUCGCCUCAAAAAAAAUGGAUGACUUCAACCUCUACGGCCUGAAGGCGAUCAAGAAGGUGUUCAAGAACGGAAUCAACGCGGAGCCGGUGAUCCAGUGCAGCAAGGGCCCCUUCGACAAGUACAUGCUGUACCAGCUCUACUUCUGCGCGAACGGGAACGGGACGUUCAUCGACUGCCCCGCGCCGCCGCAGUACACGUGCUCCAAGACCGUCCUCUUCCACCCCUACAAGAAGUGGAUGCUCAAGCAGCAGCUCAACGACGACUCCGCCGAGUUCUACGAGGCCGCCGCCGACCCUUUCCAGCUGCCUGGCCUCGCCAUGGACAACUGA